UCUACGAGUUAUUCUGCUCUCUGGUAAACGAGAGCACUGUGGAAUCCGAGUAGAUAGCGCAGAGAGUGAAAACAUUUUUUGUUUGUUUGUUCAACCUUAAUAAACUUUUAUGUUAUGAAUUUCUCCCUGACCAAGAUGGCUACCAUUUUCAACCUAUAAACAGAACUUUGAAUAGUUUAUGACAUAGCCGACCCGUACGGUGGAAGUCUUUAGCAGGAUAGGCUUCAUUUCCAAUAAACACUGCAUCUGGAAUUUACAUUUAUAUCGACCAGCUGAGAGAAAGAAAGAUAAAAAGGUGAUCAAAUUUGACUGACUUCUGGAUCGGGUCGCUGGUCACAGGAGGUCCAGGAUGAAUAAGCUACGGCAGAGUUUCAGACGGAAGAAAGACGUGUACGUUCCUGAGUCCAGCCGACCGCACCAGUGGCAAACGGACGAGGAGUCGGUCCGCAGUGGAAAGUGUAGCUUUGCAGUCAAGUACCUGGGCCAUGUAGAGGUGGAGGAGUCCAGAGGAAUGCAUAUCUGUGAGGGGGCUGUGAAGCGUCUCAAGACGGACAGGACAUUCUUCAAGGGCUUCUUUACAAAAGCAGGGAAGAAGGCAGUGAAAGCAGUGUUGUGGGUCUCAGCAGACGGUCUCCGUGUGGUAGAUGACAAAACUAAGGACCUGAUCCUAGACCAGACAAUAGAGAAAGUAUCGUUCUGCGCUCCGGACAGGAACUUUGAGAGAGCGUUCUCCUACAUCUGUAGAGAUGGAACGACGAGACGCUGGAUCUGCCACUGCUUCAUGGCUAUCAAGGACUCGGGAGAGCGUCUGAGCCACUCGGUGGGCUGUGCCUUCGCUGCCUGUCUGGAGAGGAAACAGAAGAGAGAGAAGGAGUGUGGUGUCACAGCAACCUUCGACUCCAACAGAACCACCUUCACCAGGGAGGGCUCGUUCCGAGUUACCACGGCGACGGAAGCAGCUGAGCGAGAGGAGGUCAUGAGGCAGUUACAGGACAAGAAAGCGGAGGGCGAUGUCAGGCCCCCCAUCCCUCUCUCCUCAGGCCCCAGUGAGGGUGUGGUGAACCAGGCUGUGGCCCCUCUACCAGGGCCACCGUCCCCCUCCUCCUCCCCUCCCCUGGGCCCCCAGGUUAUCCCCCGCAGACACGCUCCAGUGGAGGCCCUGGCCAGACAGGGUUCCUUCAGAGGGUUCCCUGCCCUCAACAACUCAUCUCCCUUCAAACGGCAGCUGUCCCUCAGGAUGAACGAUCUGCCCUCUACCAUGCAGUCUGACCUCACCAUGAACAACACAGUCCCAGAGGUGGAGGGAGAGGGGGACAGCAUCAGCUCGUUGUGUACCCAGAUCGCCUCAGCCUUCAGUGGGCCUCCUGAAGACCCCUUCUCCCAGGCCCCCAUGCCCCGACCAACCUCCACCCCACAGUCACCUGUAGCGCCCCCGGGGGCUCAGCCAGCACUGCCCCCUCCACUUCCUGCCCGAGACACUAACCCCUGGGCCAAGACUCCUGGCCACGCAGGGCACCAUACCCCCCCGACCUCCACCUCAGCACACCCAGGAGGUGAUUGGACGACACCAGUGAUUGUAGCUCCUCCCUCCGCCACAUCGUCUCCGUCUCACCACUCCCACCGCCGCACGCCGUCGGAGGCUGACCGUUGGCUCGAGGAGGUCACCAAGUCUGUCCGCGCUCCGCAACUCGGGUCCACACCCCCCUCCCAACCGUUCCUCACCCCCAACCCACCAGCCUUCUCCAUCCCCCCAACCCAGGCUUUCAUUGUCCCCAUGCCGCCCCCUGCGAUUCCCAUGCUGGCCCCUCGCCAACCUGCCUACCACACCCAGGCCCCAGCCUCCUACCCCAUGUCCAACGGGCUGCCCUAUGCCCAUCCCAGUGUGCCCGUGAUGGGCAUCACACCCUCUCAGAUGGUGGCCAAUGUGUUUGGUUCAGCCACUCAGCCCCAGGCGUACCCCACCCCCAGCCCCAGGGUACCCCACCCCCAGCCCCAGGCGUACCCCACCCCCCAGUAUGACCCUGAUCAGCACACUGUGUGUAUCCCCUUCAGCAACCCCCACCAGCAGCCCCUUCCCUUCCAGGCACCCAAUGGGAGUGUAGCCUUCAACGGGGGUGGGGCUGACAGCUGGGCCCCUCCCUCCCUGCCCCCUCCGUCCUCCCCGGCCCCUCCCCUUCCGCCGCAACCCCUGGCGACGGCCGAUCCCUUCGAGGCCAAGUGGGCCGCCCUGGAGACCCACUCCCGCCAGCGCACCACGCCAUCGCCCACUAACCCCUUCUCCUCCGAGCUGCACAAGACCUUUGAGAUCCAACUCUAGAGACUGAGAAGCUGGGAGGAGGAGGUGGUGGACUGGGACUGAGGAGGAGGUGGUGAUGAUGGGGGAGAGGAUACUUUUUUAAUGAAUUUGCAGGUUGGUGAGGGACGGAAGAGGAGCAGACUAGCCUUUCUCUCAGUCUCUACAUCCGCCUGGAUUGGCUUAGUGGAGGACCUGAGUGGAGAAGAUGGAUGGGUGGGUGGAGCUAUCAGCAGGGAUGAAGGAUGGAAACAGUAGGACAGGAAGGAGAGAUGGAGGUGCUGCUGCUGCUUACCAGACAUUUCAUUUGUAUUGUGGGUUUAGUUGUGUUGUUGCUUUGGAUGACGUGGAAGUGGACAUGAUGACCCUGUGGAGUGGUGGAUCUGAGAAAACACAGCCCCGACCCCAACCCCGAACCCCGACCCCGACCCGAGCCCC